AUGUCAGAUCUUGUGUCGUUGGCCCAUGUUCUGCAGAAGAAAUAUGCACUCCUGCGUGAUUUGGAUAAAAGUUUGCAAGAAAACCAAAGGCAAAAUGAACAACGGUGUGAAAAAGAGAUAGAUGAUAUAAGAAGAGGCAGAACUGGAAAUGCCACACCCAAUACCUCUCUUACACACUUCUCAGAGGAAGCACUUGAUGAACAGAAACACAGCGUCAGAAUUGCUGAUGAGAAAGUCGCAUUGGCUAUGCAGGCAUAUGAUCUGGUGGAUAUGCAUGUCCAGCAACUUGACCAGUAUAUGAAAAAAUCUGAUGAGGAGAUGCGUCGAGAGAAAGAAAGUGCUGCUGCAAAUAUCGAGGGCAGUGGAAAAGCUGGAAAGGCUGGUGAAGGAGGAAGAGGUGGGCGUAAGAAGACAAGGCUAGCUACAGCAGCCUCAACAGCAGCAGCGUCAACAGGGAUGAGUUCAAGUGGGAUGGAUUUGGAUCUGCCUGUGGAUCCAAACGAACCGACUUACUGCAUCUGCAACCAAGUUAGCUAUGGCGAGAUGAUUGCAUGUGAUAACAAUGAGUGCAAGAUUGAGUGGUUCCAUUUUGGCUGUGUCGGUCUGAAAGAACAACCCAAGGGGAAAUGGUACUGCCCGGAUUGUGCUACAGUGAAGAAGAGCAGGAAAGGUCGAUGA